CACACUGUCUUUUGUGAAAACGUACAGAAUGAAAAACGGUUUCACCUGAGCGCAGGUCACGGGCAUGAGAAAGAUGCGAUAGUCCAUUAAGAUAGUCGCCAACGACAAUCACCGCAAUUAUCCAGCGCAUUCGUCGUGACCGAACUGGAAUUACCAUUGCAUUAGAGCGCAAGGGAGGGCGUUUAAUGUGCAUCCACUAUCAGAACUAUAUCAGUGCGAGACAACCACAGCUGCAGCUCAGUCCUCGCGCGCCCGCCGCGCUGCCGCGAUUCGAAAGUGAACACAAUGAAAACGACAGUGAGAAUAAUCGUAUUUUGCGUGGCCCUUGCCGCUGCGGCAUCAAAAGAUCCGGCGCGAAUUGAAAAUGGAGAGAUCAAGUACCAGUUGGAUGUGCCAGGAAAAGAACCUAUCACAGUUAUAGAAACAACGCCAAGUAAUGUGAGACAACACUGGCAGGAUUACUCCCGGGAUUUCAAGGAUCAUGACGACAGUGAAAUGAAACACGUAAUGACUGAUAUUAUACACGACCCUGAUGGCUAUCCAAGAUGUUUUGGACCAUCCUGUCAAGAAGGAUUUUCGGAUGACGGGCCACAGAGGGAUUUGAAUGACUAUUACGCAGACGCGGAGAAACUGAAAGACUAUCCUGACUUCCAAACAAGCAUGCAAGCGUUAGCCGCUAAACUCAAGAAAGACAAGUACAAGAAUAACCCAUAUAACGCUGAUCCUUACAAUAAUGAUCCUUUAGAACUAAGUCAUUCUGAUGAAGAAGACAACGCUAAGGUAUAUACUUCUUGGAAUCGUCUCAAAGUCAAGCAGCAUAAGCACCCUUAUGAUGACAAGGAGGGCUGGGUGACGUUAGAACCAGUUGCAUGGUCAACCAGUAAGAUCUCAAAGUGGAAACCGAAUGUAAAGAAACCGAAACCCAAUCAAUGGAUCGAGGACGAUGACAGACCAGACAGCGACCGGUACAAUCCAUACCAAGGAAUCGAUUAUAAUAAUAACUAUCCUCAGGUGCAGAAGAAACCGUCUAAGACGCGUCCUACGUAUAUAAAUAAUAAAUUACACACAUCAUCAGAAUAUGAUUCUGAAAUGCCAUCGAAACCUACAUGGAGUAAACCAACCGUACACCAACAAAGUACGUUCAACUAUCCUAGUUCAUGGUCUCCAGACGAUAGUCGGCGCCCACAUAAACCAAAUUGCGAUUCGGAGGAGCAGUACAAUGACAGUAGUGCAAAUGACGAUGCUGUUUUCUAUGGUAUAUCGGAUUCAGUAAUGACGGAUCAUCGACCAAGUAAGUUUCCAAUUGAAUACGAAGCGCUUCACCAGGCUCCUUAUCAGAGGCGCCCCAUCAGGAGACCAACACAAGUGAUCUACGCGGGAUCUCCUGAACUGGACAGCGAUCGGUCUUCGAGGCCCCCAUAUGGCGACGGGCAGUGGGUGUUGCUCUCUACGACAAAGGGUUACCGGAACAAAAAACGACAGAGAUCUUUAAGCCCUACACCUACAGCAGAUGACCGCUCGGACGGAGCAACAAUGACUUCUCACCAAGCAGUAGCGCUAACAGUAUUGCCUAUUGACAAUGCUCACACUAACAUGACCACAUCACAUGGAGGAUUGUUAGAAGUUGAAAAAAGUUUCAAAACAGUAGAGGAAUCAAAGCGAGAUAUGGAUAAGAAGUACGAUUUAGCUUUCGCGUCGAGCCUGCAAAAGCCUACGACUAACCGGGUGGUCAGGAGGAAAAUUGUGUCGAAUGUAGCACCUGACAGCUCGACCGUGUUUGCGGCCGUUGGAGCGGGAAUGCUCCCAGCGACCAUGGCCAUGGUCGUUCCCAUGAUGCUGGGGCGAAGGCGAAGAAGAAGGGACCUUGAUACUACACCAGAAGAUUCAACUCACAAUAACAUAUUUUACAAAAAUCAGUAAUAGUUAGUUAAUUUAUUUUUAGGAUAAGUGAUCACUGUGAUUAUUAAUUUAUUGUAUUUAAUGUUACUGAAUAUUGCAGGGGCUUUACGUUAUUUAAAUUACCAGUCUGUUAAAAUACGUUCAAUGUAUUUCUAAGACUCAACACAUUUGUAUUAGCAUAAGCAUAGGUAAUUAAAACACAAUAAUUGAAAUUUAAAA